AUGGCACUCUCCGCGCUCCUCCUCACCUCCCUUCUUUCCUUCUUUCCUCGGACAACAAGCAGCUUCCUCCCAGCAAGAGAGUGUCCCAUUCUUGGACCCGCAUACGAUCGUGACUUCGACCUCCUUCCGACGGAGGCGUUUCAGGCCGCAAAAUCCAGCUUUUCAUCCAAGAUCGAGUCGCUCUUCGAAUCUGGAGAGCUGAACCGCACCCACUCCGUCUUCGCCAUUGACGUCUAUUCGACCUACACCAAUGAGUCGAUUUUCAACUACUUCUACACUGGGUCCGCUCUCAAAGAAGGCUUUCCCUCCGGUACGAUGGACGACGAAACCGUAUGGCGGGUCGGAAGCGUUUCGAAACUGUUCACUCUCUACGCCAUUCUUGCUCAUGCUACGCGUGGGGUAUUCGAGCAACCUGUGACUGUUUUCCUGCCGGAGCUGAAGAGGGGCUCUAGCCCAGAGGACAAGCCGCUGAGGUGGAUCGACUGGGACCAAAUCACUAUUGGCGCGCUUGCUGCGCAGCAGGCUGGCGCUGGUGGAAUGCAGUUCCUCAAAAUAAUGCGCGACAGCAAGCGUCCAACAGCUCCACCUUUCUCGACAGCGCUCUAUGCCGAUGGCGGCUGGGGUGCGCUCGGCCGUGUUCUCGAGCGCAUGACUGGCUUGUCCUACAACGAUGCUAUCCAGCAAGUACUCUCGAAGCCUCUGGGCCUCGACCACACCAGCAGCUACAAGCCCAACGGCACCGAAGUGAAUGGCAUGAUAGUGCCUGACGCCAUAUCUUGGGGCUGGGACAACCAAGUCACUGCACCAUCUGGCGGCAUCUACAGCAACUGCCGCGACGUCCGCCGCAUGGGCCUCUCGAUUCUCCACUCAACCCUCCUUGACACGACCACCACAAAUUGGUGGAUGAAACCGCACAGCCACACCGCCUCCCUGACCUUCAGCGUCGGUGCACCAUGGGAAAUCUACCGCCUUACACUUCCGGUCUCAUCCAAUUCCACGCGCUACCGCAUCUCGGAUCAGUACACCAAAGGCGGCGGCAACGAUGGCUACGGCACGAUAGCUGCUCUCUCUCCGGACCACGGCCUUGGGUAUACCGUCUUCGUGGGCGGACCAGGGUCGGGCAGUGAGCGCUGGAGCUUACUGGAAGCGACGGGAGGAACUUUCGUCCCUGCUGCUGAGCUUGCUGGCAGAGAGAACGCGAGGAAGCUCUUUGCCGGGACAUAUGUGGAUAAGAUUUCCAAGAAGGGUACGAAUAUGACAAUCACUGUCGACCCAGAUCAUCCGGGUCUGGGGAUCGAAUCUCUCUUCCUCGAAGGCGUGGACUCAUUAGGUUCGCUGAGCGUUGGUACCGCAGCCCUGCCGUCGGAGAACGUCACCGUGCGACUGUAUCCUGCCGGGCUUGAAGAAGACCUCGGUGACGGCAAGGUGAAGAAGAAGUAUCGUGCCAUUCCACAAUCCUUGCCGGCUGACUCGCGGUCAAAGGCGGAAGGGGGGAAGAAGUUCUUCGAUGUUGAAUGUCAGUCGUGGUUCUCCGUGGGGUUCAGCGGGGCGCUGGACGAGUUUGUGUUCACAAGGGUGGAUGGGAAGGUGGUGGAGGUCAGGAGCGUCGGGGCGAAAGCUGGGAUGAAGCGUUUUGGAGAGUAG